GUCUGUGCACGCCUCCGUAGACACGUUGCCUUGGGAGCCACUGCACGGGGUUCUUUACAGGUCUAGGUCACGCAGGCUUGUAGAGCUGGGUUUGGAAAUACCGGUAUACAGCGUCCUGGAUUCACGAACAAAGGAACUCGCGGUACGCUCUAUUCUGCGAUAAGACGAUAGUAAUGAAUGCUUGUCGUACAGGACUACUGUCUUAGGAUGUCUACUUCCGAUUCGGACUGUUCCAUAGACUGGUUGGCCAGCGAUGAUGAUGACAGUGUUUUUGAGUCCGAAAGCGAUGGACAGGCGAGGACUUCCCCUUUGCCACAGCACUCCUGCCGUUCCAGUGAGACUCCGUCCAGUUUAACUCACACCUGCCCUACGAGUGAGCAGAAACACAGCUUGGACAGGGAGCACUUCCAUUUACCUGGAGACUCUGAUCGGUGUAAUGAAGGAGUUCCCUCGAGCUGCAAUUCACACCUUGCCAAAAGCGAUGUGUCCUGGAAAAGGAGGAGCGAUUCGGGACCGCAGGAAGCAGCUGUUUCCACAGUGUGUAUGAAUAUUGACCAGUCUGAAUUCUUACAGAGUAAUAUGGCCAAACAGACUCUGAAAAGGAAAAUGAGCACAAGGGAACUGGAACAGAGAGAAGGCGCACACACGGGGUACUCGAAUAAGGAUGAGAUGUUUGCUCACAAGUGUUUGGAGCUGCAGUGUUACAUCCAGCCACUAUCUUCAAUCUUGACUGGCCUCCGAUCAGGGAGAUACAGUAAAGGUUUAAGCAGUUUCCAAGAGAGUGUUGCUAUGGACAGAAUCCAGAGAAUAAUGGGCGUUCUGCAGAAUCCACACAUGGGUGAGCGGUACAUAAAGAUCCUUCUUCAGGUGGAGGUGAUGCUGAAGAAUUGGUUCCCUGGUGUCCAAGUCACAAAUGAUACAAAGGAUGAAACUACAAUCUCAAAAAAACUAAAGAUGUGUACGGACACUGUGACCCCUGCAGCUGCAGUCAGCAUCCCAAAAGCAGACCCUGCACUUCCCAAUAUUCUUCCUUCAUGCAACAAAACCCAUGGAAAUGGUGAACCAGCUGCAUUUUCAGCCACAAACUUCAAAUGGCUCCAUACGUCACCUAUUUGUAGCUCCUCACUGGGGCUUGCACUAGGUAGACACAGAAGAACCCCUGGAGGCCAGGACGUUAUGCAAGACAACAUGGUCUCCUCUAGCACAGACGCGUGGACAAACCCCAGUCACUGCAGACCACCAACCAGCAAAAUGAAUGCUCCAUGUUUAGAAAGACUGUUGCAAUCCAGGGAUAGUAUUAUCAGUGACAAAGGCAAAAGGAGUACAACAGAAACAAGCAGCUCUUUGUAAGAAAACUCCUGUUAUUUUGGGGGGGGGGGGG